GUAGAUUCGAUUCAGCAACACAAUCUUACUUGUGUUUUAAAAUUACGGCUAGACGGUUGACAAAUUUUUUGCUAUUUUCGAAAGCCUCUCACCAUGGAUAGUACUCGGGGUGCAAUUUUUUUUAUUUGUUUAAUUGCUGCGACUGGCUGUACGCCGGCCAUGCAGAAGAACAACAAGAAUCCGUAUAAUAAUACGUGUUUGAAGAAAAAUUUCGAAAGGGACAGUGACAUGGAAAAUAUAAGUGAGCUAGUGUCUGAGUAUGAAUGCUGUCCCGGAUAUGUUGGAGCGAUUGACGAUUGCAAGCCCGUUUGCUCUGUGGAAUGUGAUAGCAAUAAGUACUGCUCUGCUCCAGAACACUGUGAAUGCGUAGAGGGCUUUAAAAUGGUCUUAAAUGGAGACUGUCAUCCGGCGUGUACAGAAGGCUACGAAAUGCAGCCAACUGGUGAAUGUGUGUCUAGGGCAGAAACCAAGGAAAUCGAAGUGAAACCCAGUGAGGAUUGCUAUGUGGAAGAUCCCUGCUUGCCUAAGGAUCCGAAUUUAUGCACAAGGGAAGUGCCAGUCACUGGCGAACAGCAACCGGGGUACUAUACAUUAAAGGAAGAGUUUGAGAAAUUAAAUAUUCCAUUUCCCAAUAUUCUGUUUACCAGAAUUGAAAGAUAUUGCUGCGACGGCUACGGAAAGCAAACCGACGAUGAGCUCUGCCAACCCGUGUGCCAACCCAACUGUGGUGCAAAUGCCUACUGCAAGGCACCAAACAAAUGUGCGUGCCAGGAAAACUACCAUAUGGGAGUAGAAGGACAGUGUGUGGAGAAUUUUAAAGCCGUUGAUCCGCAUGUGUGCAGCAAAAAUGUGAGCACAACUGAGGUAAAAAUCUACUGCUGUGAUGGCUAUGAACAAAAUGCGCUUGGCGCACUCUGCCUGCCCAAAUGCAGCCAAGGAUGUGGCCGUAACUGCCGUUGUGUGCAACCUGAGGUGUGCGAAUGUGAAGAGGCUGACGCCCACUGUCUGUGUAAGCCAGGCUAUGCCAAGGGCAAAUCCGGACACUGUGAACCACUCUGUGCAGCGGGUUGUCCCGUGCACAGCAGUUGCCUUUCGUACGGACUAUGUCAGUGCCUAGAGGGCUACACAAACAGCACCGGCAGCUGCCAGCCCAAUUGCCUGGCCAUGCCAGAAAACAGUAAGUGCGUACGUCCAGGCGAAUGGGAAUGCGAUUUGGGCUACAUCAAGCUACCCGACGCCAAUGGGCAGAGCUACACCUGUCAGCCGCAUUGUAGGCAGAGCUGCUCCACCUAUGGCAAGUGUGUGGAACCCAAUGUGUGCGAGUGCCUGCCUGGCUUUAAGGCCAUUCUGCUUGGCCAGGACCCAGAGACCAAACAAUUCGUUGAGGAAUGCCGACCAGUUGAAUUGACCGACUCUCUUCCAUAUCCAUAUGAGCGAUACACAACUGAAGCUUCAAAUGACCAAAUACUGCCACAUAAAACUGAAAAGAUCUCAUUUCGAACCCUAUAGGCUCCACUUGCUGGAAGACUAAACACAUACUAGAAUAAAUUUGUAUCACCUAAUUAGCUCUUUUGCAUUUUGUAUACCGCAUUUAAUAACAGAAACAUUUUGAUUGGCCAAUUUCAAUUUUUAUAAUAAAAUAAAUCUUUCAUA